AUGAUUCUCUUUUAUUCUUUUUUUCAUGUUUUUCUUUUCUAUAAACUCCUAACAGUCUCUUUUCUUUUUUUUUCGACAGUUUUCUUAUUUCUAUCCUAUAUUUAUUCCCUUUCUUUAUAUAUAUUUCGAUAUAGUUUUUCGUCUUUCUUUUUUUCCUUCUUUUUCCUCGUUGCUUCCUUUGUACUUUCUUCUCCUCAUUUGUUCAUUUUCUUUCUUUCUUUCUUUCUUUCUUUCUUUCUUUCUUUUCUUUCUUUCUUUUCUAAUUAUGCUUCUUUUCUAUACUUUCCUCUCACCUUGAUCUGCUGUUUUCUCUUUCUUUUUCAGCAAGCUGUAUGUGAAACGUCACUUCCUUUUUUCCAUUCUAUCUAUCUAUCUAUCUAUCUAUCUAUCUAUCUAUCUAUCUAUCUAUCUAUGUCGCUGUCCAUAACUGCUUUAAUAUCUAUCUAUCUAUCUAUCUAUCUAUCUAUCUAUCUAUCUAUCUAUCUAUCUAUGUGUUUAUCUUUGUCUAUUAAAUUCAGUUUAUCACUAUUUCAUUCUGUUCAAAUCUAUCUAUCUAUCUAUCUAUCUAUCUAUCUAUCUAUCUAUCUAUCUAUGUGUUUAUCUUUGUCUAUUAAAUUCAGUUUAUCACUAUUUCAUUCUGUUCAAAUCUAUCUAUCUAUCUAUCUAUGUUUUAUCACUAUUUCAUUCUGUUCAAAUCUAUCUAUCUAUCUAUCUAUCUAUCUAUCUAUCUAUCUAUCUAUCUAUCUAUCUAUGUGUUCAUCUUUGUCUAUUAAAUUCAGUUUAUCACUAUUUCAUUCUGUUCAAAUCUAUCUAUCUAUCUAUCUAUCUAUCUAUCUAUCUAUCUAUCUAUCUAUCUAUCUAUCUAUCUAUCUAUGUGUUCAUCUUUGUCUAUUAAAUUCAGUUUAUCACUAUUUCAUUCUGUUCAAAUCUAUCUAUCUAUCUAUCUAUCUAUCUAUCUAUCUCAUCUAUCUAUCUAUCUAUCUAUCUGUUAAUCGAUCUUAA